AUGGGGAGGCACGGGCGGUGGAGUGACCUCUUGCGACUGGACGACAGACCGCAGCUGCCCUAUCUGGUGGUGGAGAUGCCCACCGUGGCUGUGGAAUUUCUGAAUCGGUUUGGUGUGGAGAAAACCAUAAAGGAAGAUGAUAAAGACGGAAAUGACCACAAGGUGAUGUCGUAUGACUUCAGCUACAUGUACGAGAGACGAGAGGGUUUGUCCUUCCUCAAGGCGAUCAUCAGGAAUCGGCGCUGGAAGUGCCUGCAGCAUCCCAUCGUGGAGAAGUUUCUGGAAGUUUACUGGGAGAAGAUUGGGUUCCGUAUAUUCCUGGCGACGUUAGUGGUGUACAUGGUGUUCCUGGGCUGCCUGACCACGCUGGUCAUGAAGCAGGCCUCGGAGAUUUCACAGAGGCGUAACAGCACCAGGGAACAGACUGCCACCUGUUACAACGCUAUGUUCAUCUGUGACUUGUCUCAGGAGCUGUGUGUGCUCUCGUACCUGGUGUUGGUGUUCGCAGCCCUCGGGCUCAUAAAGGACUUGUACAACCUCGUCAGACAGGGCUUGGAUUUCCUGACUGUCAGCAACCUGCUGGACUUCAUCAUGUGCCUGGCUGCUCUCCUGUACGCCCUUCCGGUGUCCAUGUACCCGUGUGCGAAGACCUAUGCCGCCACCAUUGCGGUGUUCCUGGCCUGGAUCAUCUUUGUUCUCGUGCUCAGGAGGAUCUACGUGUUUGGUCUGUACAUCAUCAUGAUCGGCAGCAUCUUCAUCACGAUGAUCCGAGUCGUCAUCGUCUUCAUCUUCUACCUCUUUGCCUUCUGCUUCUCCUUCUUCUACCUCGUCACCAUCGCAAACACGUCACUGGGGGAUGCGUUUGACGACUUCCCGAGAACCUUCUACACGCUGCUGUCCAUGAUGAUGGGAGAACUCGACAUCAACAGUAACUUCCGGCUCGGCGUGAACACCAGAAACUCCUUCACUCUCGCCCUCCUCCUCAUCUUCAUUGUUGUCAUGUGCAUCAUCAUCGUAAACUUGCUGGUUGGUCUGGCAGUCGGUGACAUCAAAGCCAUCCGGGAGGCGGCAAGACUGGGGCAUCUCCAGAUACAGGCGGAGUACAUGUUACACAAGGAGUGGGGCACCACUCUCUUCCUCCGGCGCUUCCAGGUCCUGCAUUACGACGAAAAGAAACGGUCCAGAAAGAAGAUGAGCCUGAUUGCCAGAAUAAUUCCCCAUCAGCUGAGGGAGCUUUUCGAUGUGAGCAAAGAGUUUGAGGAGGAAAAGUCCUGUUCAUGUCACCAGAUAAUGGAGGAAACAAGAGCGACUCUGGAAGCGAGGCUGCGAGAGGUGACGUGUAGCCUGUCAAGCGUGCAGCAGGAGCUGAGUCAGCUGGCCAAGCUGCCGCCGGCGUCGCAGGACCCAGCGGCCGCCCCCACGUCGCCGGGCGUCGUCCCGGUUGCCCCUGACGACGAUGAUGAUGAGGGUCACGUGGAUGACCUGAUCGACGAGUACCGGCGCAACGAGAACAAACUGUUCCGACAACUCUCCACCGACGGAGACGAGGUCUUCCGGCCGAGACUCGGCAGCAGCGUCAGCAUUCUUAAGAAACUGCGGAAGAAAUCUCGGAGGAAAGUGAGCGUGAUCGAGGAGGAUGAAGAAGGGGAGGGAGAGGAGGAGAAGGCGGAGUCUGAGGAGACGAAGCUUUGAUUCAGUUUUACACGCUGAAAUCGACUUACACAGAAUUAUGUACAGGUUUACACUUUAGGCCACACCAAUUUAAUUUGUUUCUCGGAUUUUUUCACAAAAAAUCAGGAGCGACAGGGCAAAAACAAAA